AUGUCAACAUCAACACCAUCAUCAUCAUCAUCACCAGUUGCAGUACCGACAUGCACCGGUUGUACGGAACCGAUAUUCGAUCGAUUCAUCUUGAAAGUUCAGGAGCGCUCCUGGCAUUCGAAAUGUUUGAAGUGCAGCGACUGCCACAGCCACUUAAGCGACAAAUGUUUCUCAAAAGGAGACUAUGUGUAUUGUAAGGAUGAUUUCUUUAGGAGAUUUGGAACAAAAUGUGCCGGUUGUGACCAGGGCAUCCCACCGACGCAGGUGGUCCGGAGGGCCCAGGACCACGUUUACCACCUGGAAUGUUUCGCAUGUUCCAUCUGCAGCAGACAACUGAACACCGGCGAUGAAUUCUACCUGAUGGAGGAUCGCAAACUCGUCUGCAAGAAUGAUUAUGAGACCGCCAAGACGAGAGCUGAAUUCGACUUAGACAACGCCAACAAGCGACCACGAACGACGAUCACGGCCAAACAGCUGGAGGCCCUCAAACGGGCGUACAACGACAGCCCCAAGCCCGCCAGACACGUGCGAGAACAACUUAGCGCCGAAACUGGACUGGACAUGAGAGUUGUUCAGGUGUGGUUUCAAAACAGACGAGCGAAGGAAAAGCGGUUGAAGAAGGAUGCAGGCAGGCAGAGGUGGAGCCCUUACUUUCGGAACAUGAAGGAUGGAAGAGGGAACGACAAUGAUGAUCACAACUCCCUGCUCGAUGAACAUGCAAGCCUCAACCUGCAUGAUAGUUUUGCAAGUUCGUGUUGGUGA